AGGCGAUGAGUGAAGAGAAGUAUCUUUUACAAGCAGCAGGUAAAAAACUUGACUAGGCAGCAAAAAAAUGGUGCGCGAAGGUCGGGACUUGGCUGAGCCAUAGACCCUGCUCUGGGGGAGAGAAGCCUGUGCUCCCGCGUCUGCCAGCACAACAAGCUCGGUCGGAUUUGAAGGUGCCAUGCGCGAUGGGGAUGGGCAGGAGCGCGGCUGUUGCCCAGGAUGCAUCAAGAAGUACGCCUUCCGUCCCGGACUGGACUGGCGGGACUUAUCGAAGUCCUGCAUGGAGUUCCGUCCGGUGGCGGCCUCCGCAGCAGGCAGCUCGGGCAAGGGCAGCAGCAGCAGUGGCACCUCUACGCGCGGCCCUCGUCCCGCAAGCAGUUCUUGCGGUUCGGCCGGCGGAUCUUCUUCGGAUACAAAUGGUACAACCACAAAAGAGAAAGAAGAUGACACUGUAGUUCUUUGCACUACUACAACAGCGGCUGAAGAAGUUGAUAACAGCAACCUGUGUUCCCACUGCGGGUGCGACGCCUCCGAGCACGAGUUUGUCGUUUUGUCCGAGCGGGAAAGCGUGCUCUUCUCGCAGCUCCGGCCUGUGUUCCGGCAGCGCGAGUUUUCGGUGACCUCGGGCGUGCAUAUGACAGUGCACAACUCCCCCUCCCCCUCAUGUGUCAUGCAAAAUACCAAAUCCAUCCUUUGCCCUGUGGCACUGCUUGCAUGACAGAUUCCCGAAGCCGAAACAGCACUACAAUCAGUCGUAAAUUUCUCAUGCAAAAGCUGCAUCUGUGCCAGGACUCGUGUUGCUACGGAUGCCAUCCAAAGCAGGGGGAGGGGGAGUUGUGCAGUUUCAUAGUGCAGCUCGCCGUGUCCGCGAGCCACAAACUUGCACGGGAGUUGGGCGAACCGGAUAUGCACUGCAAAAGUAUCGUACUAGUAGGAAUUGCAUGACAAAUUUGUUCAAGAAGAAAGCUGGAUUUUGUAAUGCUGAUUCAGGUAAGAAACAAGAUUUGUCAUGCGCUGUACCUGCAAUCUAUACGAGUGCGAUACUUUUGCACUGCAUACCGGAGCGGCACCAGCAAUUUACCUACGGGGAAAUUUUGGAAAACACCUUCCUCCCGCUGAUCAACCGGCUCUGGACGGAGUUUCGGCCCGUGAACAACCGGCGGUCCUUCGGCGGCACCUUUUACGACCUGGGCUGCGGGCUCGGGAAGGCCGCUUUAUUGGCCGCCUGCAGCGACUGGGGCUUCGAAAGCGCGGUCGGGGUGGAGCUGCUGCCCGACCUGCUCGACAAGGCCGAAAACCUGAAGACUGCCGUGCUGCGAGACCAGGCGUGUGCGGCCGUGAGACCGCGGCUGGAGACGGUGAGUUUCGAGAAGGCGGACCUGAACGAGUACGUGGUGCCCGCGGACGCGCGGGUCGUGUUUGUCGCGGCGACCAUGUUCAAGUCCGAUCUUCUGCUGAAUAUUAGGAAAAAUCUUCGGCAGGUGGACCCGGUAAACACGUUGAUCAUCACGCUGCAGCACGUUCUGAAGGACGUCGUCGUGCGCGAGGAGGUGAAAAUUGCGUGCACGUGGGGCAUGACCAAGGCCGUCGUGUGCCAGCUGGCGGACAACGAGGACAAGUAGUCCAGGUCUAGUGUCCUGCGAGGGUGUCGGCGUGCGCAAAUUUUCGAGGAGCUCUAGUAGCUACAUUGUCGUGGUCAUGAUUUGCAGAGACGAGGGUCGAUUUUUUCAAUCGCCGAUUGCAGUUUUUUCCCGGCGCCGACCAAGCAAGAACAGGCGGAUUCCGGUCGCGGGAAGAAGGGCGGCACGAGCACUCUUGGCUUUGCUCCACUUUUGAGGCAUUUUCGAGCGUGCGUGAAUUUCCGGUGGUCGGACACACUUUUCCAAGAAUCUGAUUUUUCGCCCGGAGUUUUUUGCACCACGGUGGCUGGAGACUAGCCGCUUUGUUUGUGCGACGAAGGAGGAGGAUGGGGCCGAGUCUAACGUUUCCAAAAUCUGGAGCCGCGUUUCAACAGUUUCUUAUUGUAAAAUGAGUUUUGACCAAUUAUCUAAGAUUGUCGUAGGGCCAGAC